CAGCCAAUGGCCUCGAAGAGCAGCGUCGCGGGCCGCCGGCUGGAGGUGCCUUUGCGAGGCGGCGGCAGCGGCGGCAGCGGCCACCUGGGACGGGGCUGCGGCCGCCCCCUCCCCGGUCCGGUCCUGGCCCGUCAUGGCGGGGGCGCGGGGGCCCCGGGCGGGCGGCGGGUGCUGCUGGGCGCUGCCCACGGCGCUGCUCUGCGCCUACGGCUUCUUCUGCAGCGUGCGGCCCUCCGAGCCCUUCCUCACCCGCUACCUGCUGGGGCCGCACAAGAACCUCACCCAGAGCCAGGUGUUCAACGAGAUUUACCCGGUGUGGACUUAUUCCUACCUAGUGCUGCUGUUCCCGGUGUUCCUGGCCACCGACUACCUCCGGUACAAGCCUGUGGUGCUGCUGCAGGGCCUAAGCCUCAUCGUGACAUGGUUCAUGCUGCUGUAUGCCCAGGGGCUGCUGGCCGUCCAGUUCCUCGAGUUCUUUUACGGUGUGGGCACUGCCACCGACAUCGCCUACUACUCGUACAUCUACAGCGUCGUCGACUUGAACUUGUAUCAGAAAGUCACCAGUUAUUGCCGGAGUGCCACUCUGGUGGGCUACACGGUGGGCUCGGUCUCUGGGCAGGUCCUUGUGUCGGUGGCAGGCUGGUCCCUCUUCAGCUUAAAUGUUAUCUCCUUAACCUGCGUAUCCAUCGCCUUUGGUAUGGCCUGGUUUCUGCCGAUGCCCCGGAAAAGCCUUUUCUUUCACCAUGUCUCGAGUCAGCAGAUCAGUAGGGAAAUGAAGGUCAUAGACUGUAAAAAUGGAUCUGCUGUCCAAGAUCAUCCUGACAUGCAGAGGACUCCCGGUUGGGAGGAUGAGACAAAAGUUCCCUUAAAUGUGGAGGGACAGUCAUCACAGAAGCAGGAGCAGAAAGUAGACAUUUUAAAGGUGCUCAAAGACCUCUGGCAGGACUUUCUGCAGUGCUAUUCCUCCCGAACCAUGCUCUGCUGGUCCGUGUGGUGGGCGCUGUCGACCUGCGGCUACUUCCAGGUCAUCAACUACGCUCAGGGCCUGUGGGAGAUGGUGCUGCCUUCCCACAGCUCAGAGAUCUACAAUGGUGGUGUGGAGGCAGUCUCAACGCUGCUAGGAGCUGUUGCAGUGUUUGUUGUGGGUCAUAUAAAAACAUCCUGGGCAAUGUGGGGUGAGGUGGCACUUGCCCUGUUCUCCUUCCUUAUUGCUGCUGCUGUAUACAUCAUGGACACUGUUCGUAACAUCUGGGUGUGCUACGCAUCAUAUGUUGUCUUCAGAAUUAUCUACAUGCUGCUGAUCACAAUAGCAACGUUCCAGAUCGCUACAAAUCUUAGCGUGGAGCGGUAUGCCCUGGUAUUUGGGGUCAAUACUUUCAUUGCCUUAGCACUUCAGACUCUGCUCACUUUGAUUGUUGUGGAUGCCAGUGGGCUUGGGUUAGACAUCUUCACCCAGUUCAUGAUUUAUGCCUCUUACUUUGCGGCCAUCUCUCUGCUGUUCUUGGGGAGUGGUAUCUACAGUAUUAUAAGGACUUACAGAAGACAGGAGCAGAUUCAAAGCAGGUCUCCUGAAAGCCGUUAGUGCACCAAGUGAAGACUCACAGCAACUGUAUAUGAAGUGAUAGGUUUGUUUUUUAAUCUCUGCCUCUACUUCCCAAGACAGUCACCUUAACUGUAUUUGAUCUAUAUUUAUACUAUAUUAGUAUCACAUUUUAGAAUGUAUAUAUAUUGGCUCUUACAUAAGUAAGAACAAAUAUCAUCUUUCUAAAAUGCCUUUUGUUCUUCUGUUGCAUAUAUGGGAAGUGCAGCAGAGAACUUUAUUUCAAAAAGUGAAAGCCUUGGGAGGUUUUGGUCUAAGCCUGUGUGUUUGGAGACUGCCAUCAGAAAGGCACUUCAUGAUUAUCUGGUCAACUGCUGCUGUUCUUUCUGUUACUGAGAUGCUGCUGCAGGGUAGAAGCGAGGGUGCACUCAUAGGCUUCUCUGUGGAGAGCCCCGGGCCUGGAACAGGAGAUGACCUGAAGUCCAUGCUCUGCAGCGUAGCUUUUUUUGUGCCUGCUCCAUGCUGUUGGAUGCACCUAUUUGAGGAUUAAUACACUUUGAGACAUACACUUUUGUCUCUGCAUAUGCACAUACAUCCUUUAGUUGCUUGUACUAUUUCUGCUGUUCCUGCCUGCCAUUCCUACUGCCAGAGUUUUACCAUAGUUGAUCAUGAUACUUUCUCCUGAAAACUUUACUUGGGGUGACUUGUGAUGCUGGUGAAUAGUUUAUCAGCAAUGAUGCUUGUCCUGUGAAGGCCUGUGCCUAAAGGACUGUAAAGUUGGAGGGGAAGCCUAGAAGGAGUGUAACUAGACAACAUGUUAAUCCUUAGGACCCUUGGAUGUCCUUGCCUUUGUCCUUUGGGACUCUAGAUUCCAGCAAUCAUAGGAGUCACUGACUCAUAAGAGGCUAGGCUGUUUCAGUGAGAUGGUGGAUGUGAAUGUAGCCCUGAGAAGAAAAGCGCAGGAUUUUAAGCUAUGCUUUAUAACCUUGGAGAGUUAUGACUGUGGUGACUGAAUAGACACUGGUCAUUAUUGUAAUUAGGAUGAAUGCCUGAGGGUUUUUCAAAAUGUUGAUUUCUUGAUCUGUUGCUUCUUUGCUUUUUAAAAUGCCUUGAUGCUUCUGGUGGAUCUCUGUCCACUAGCUCUACCUCUUUCCACCUAAGGAGAAAAAUAGAUGUUUGGGGAAUCCUCUUUUUUGUUUUUUCUUUAUUUUUUUUCAGUCAGAGCAAUGUGGGACUUGCCUUAUAUCUAUUUUUAGAAAUAUAUUUUUUUUCCCAAAUGACUUGAGCACUGGGAAGUUGUUCUGAGCUUUGCCACCUGGUUACCUGGGCACCAUAACCUGCACAGCAACAGAUAUCCAUAGUGUACUGUGGGCUGGCUUAUAGACUGUCCCUGCUGCUGUGCUGCUCAUGGUGAGUUUAAGUGUGCAGGAGAAAGGGCAAGGGAGAAGACGCUAUGCAGUGUGCUGCUUCCCCUCCAUGCCUUCUCUCUGUGUGGUGGUUAGAGUUUAUUCCAGUCAGAGCCCGAAGCAGCAGCUUUGGUUUAUUGCUUAGUUUCUUUAAUGCUAUGGUGGUUUCACAGCACCUGGGCUGGAGAGGCUUUUCUUCCCUGGCUGGGACAGGUAUAGUUUUUAUCAUCUGUGUGAGCCUCAGUCUUUACUGCAUGAGGUGAAUGGUUAAUCAGUUUGGGGUGUGCUCUGUGGGGUCCAUGGAGUCCUUUCAAGCUGCCUGCUCAGGGGAAUGCACUCCCCAAAACCUCACUGUGUUUGCAGCCUGGCUUGUAAAAAUGUCUUGGGGCUCAGCUGUGUUAGCAUUUAUACACGUAAACUUAACUGCCUUAUCCUGAAACAGAAACUUGAAACCACCCAUGUAUAUAUUCCUUUCUUUACCAUUCAAAAAAGGAAACUUCUGAAGCAGUGAAACACUAGCUGAUAAGCAGUCCUGGAAAAAGGAUAACAAGUGCAUGUCCUGUCCAUUGGGUUCCUUGGCCUGAUGGCAGUUGCAACAAAGGGUGAGGAGUGAGUGUGUGGCACUUACGUCAAAUAAGCAAAGAAAGAAGCUUCAUUUUAAUCACGUUUUUUCACACAGAACAAAUUUUGGGGGAGCAACUCAGUCUUUUAGAAGCAAGUCAAAAACUAACUAGUGAAUUACAGCAAUAACAAAAUGAUGUUUCUACCAAAGUCCUGAAAUUAUGGCAACUGUAAUAGUGGCAUGCUACACUGUAUAUGUAUUCGAGCCUGUUAGUGUAUGGAAGCUAAACCUGGAAGUUGUUUAGGUUCCUGUGUUGCACUGUUGCAGUGGUGAUGAGUUGACUGUAGAGCCUGACUGGACCUAUAUGCAGAGUGAUUUGAUGCCUAUUAAGUACUGUGAACACAUUGGCAUUGUUCAUAGGACCCCUUCAGUUUGGUUCUGAUUGAAUAGUUAUUUUUGUUAAAUAAAAAUAUUUUAUGAGA